AGAAUCAUCUCACACAUAAAAACAUCAAGGAGCCUCCACAUCAUGUGCCAUAUUCCAGUCUUCUGUUGGAUUUCUGCAAUAGUCCUUGAACACAUGUUGAAACACAAGACAGAAGAGAUGCCCACGACUCUGACUGAGAUGUACACACACCUUGUGGAGUUUCAUACCAAACAGAAGAAUGAAAAGUAUCUUGGGAAAGAAGAGACAGUUCCACACUGGAAUAAAGAGAGCAUUCUGUCACUGGGAAAACUGGCCUUUCAACAGCUUGUGAAUGGCAAUCUGAUUUUCUAUGAAGAAGACCUGAAAGAGGCUGGCAUUGAUGUCAAUGAAGCCUCAGUGUACUCAGGAUUGUGCACGCAGAUCUUUAAAGAGGAAUGUGUGCUGUACCAGGACAAGGUGUACUGCUUCGUGCAUCUGAGCAUUCAGGAGUUUCUGGCUGCUGUAUAUGUGUUCCUCUCAUUUAUCAACAACAAUGAGAAUCUAAUGGCCAAACCGCAAGUUACUGAAGUUACUGUCUACAAGAGUGCUGUGGAUAAAGCCUUACAAAGUGAGACGGGAAACCUGGACCUUUUCCUCCGCUUCCUUCUGGGCCUCUCACUGGAGUCCAAUCAGAAGCACUUACGAGGUCUACUGACAAAGACAAGAAGCAGCUCACAGAGCCAUGAAGAAACAGUCAAGUACAUCAAGGAGAAGAUCAGGGAGAAUCCCUCUCUAGAGAGGUGCAUCAAUCUGUUCCACUGUCUGAAUGAACUGAAUGACCAUUCUCUAGUGGAGGAGAUCCAAAGCUACCUGAGCUCAGGAAGUCUCUCAGAAGCCAAACUGUCACCUGCACAGUGGUCAGCUCUGGUCUUUGUGUUGCUGACUUCUGAAAAGGAGCUGGAUGUGUUUGACCUGAAGAAAUACUCCAGAUCAGAGGAAGGUCUUCUGAGGCUGCUGCCAGUGGUCAAAGCCUCCAGAGCUGCUCUGCUGUCAGGCUGUGGAGUCACAGAGAAAGGCUGUGCUUCUCUGGUAUCAGCUCUGAAGUCAAACCCCUCACACCUGAGAGAGCUGGAUCUGAGUUACAAUGACCUGAAGGAUUCAGGAGUGAAGCUGCUCUCUGCUGUCCUGGGGAAUCUCCACUGUAAACUGGAGACUCUGAGGCUGUCAGGCUGUCUAGUCACAGAGGAAGGCUGUGCUUCUCUGGUCUCAUCUCUGAAGUCAAACCCCUCACACCUGAGAGAGCUGGAUCUGAGUAACAAUGACCUGAAGGAUUCAGGAGUGAAGCUGCUCUCUGCUGGACUGGGGAAUCUCCACUGUAAACUGGAGACUCUGAGGCUGUCAGGCUGUCUAGUCACAGAGGAAGGCUGUGCUUCUCUGGUCUCAGCUCUGAAGUCAAACCCCUCACACCUGAGAGAGCUGGAUCUGAGUAACAAUGACCUGAAGGAUUCAGGAGUGAAGCUGCUCUCUGCUGGACUGGAGGAUCCACACUGUAAACUGGAGACUCUGAGGCUGUCAGGCUGUCUAGUCACAGAGGAAGGCUGUGCUUCUCUGGUCUCAGCUCUGAAGUCAAACCCCUCACACCUGAGAGAGCUGGAUCUGAGUAACAAUGACCUGAAGGAUUCAGGAGUGAAGCUGCUCUCUGCUGGACUGGAGGAUCCACACUGUAAACUGGAGACUCUGAGGCUGUCAGGCUGUCUAGUCACAGAGGAAGGCUGUGCUUCUCUGGUCUCAGCUCUGAAGUCAAACCCCUCACACCUGAGAGAGCUGGACCUGAGCUACAAUCACCCAGGAGACUCAGGAGUCAGACUGCUCUCUGCUGGACUGGAGGAU